UCUUUUACACUAUCAAUAAAUAAAGUGACAUCUAAAAUUUAUAUUUGCAAGUUUUUUUUGCCAUCAAGUUUCUAUUCUUCUUUGAAUUUAUAUAAUACAUGGAAGCAUCAAAGUCAACAGACAACAAUCAACACAAAAAAGUGUCAUUUGUCAUUUGUCAAACUGUCACAGCCGGUUAAAAAUAUUUAUUUCUUUAUCUAAAAAGAAUACAAAAAAAUAUUGAGAUAUUGAUUGAUUUAUUAGAUGAUAAUUAAAAUGUCCAAUAGCUGGUGGUUAUUAUUUAACCUGGUGCUUUUAUUAAAUACUUUAAAUGUAUUUGCCAAUAAUGAACAACAAUUAACUGACGUGGUAUUAAAAAAUGUUGACAGAAUAAUUGAUUUACAAUCACAAUUAACAAAAAUAACAACAAAAAUUGUCAUUGAAAAUUCUGGUAAAACAUCAAUUAAUAAUUUUUUAUUUACCAUUGAAUCACCAAACAAUGAAAGUUUAAGUUUUAUAUCAGCACAAACAAGAGAUGCAAGUAGAUCAAAGCUUGAUAUAUCAAAAAAACAAUUAAAUAAUAAUAUAUAUUAUGAAAUAAUCUUAAAAGAUUCAUUACAAUCAGGAAGAUCAACAUCUGUUGAAAUUGAAACAAUAUCAACUCAUCAAUUGGAACCAUAUCCAAAAGAAAUAACACAAAAAGAAAAACAAUUAGUUAAAUAUAAUGGUAAUAUAUAUUUAUAUUCACCAUAUUAUAUUUUAAAACAAACAACUCAUAUUAUAUUACCAUCAAGAAAUAUUGAAUCAUUUACAAAAUUAAAACCAUAUACAUCAACUGAUACAACAAUAACAUAUGGACCAUUUGAUAAACGUGUACCAUUUAGUAAAGAUAAUUUAAAUAUACAUUUUGAAAAUAAUAAUAAAUUUUUAACAGUUAAAAAAUUAGAAAGAGUUAUUGAAAUAUCACACUGGGGUAAUAUUGCUGUUGAAGAAACAAUUGAUCUUUUACAUACUGGUGCAUUAUUAAAGGGUUCAUUUUCAAGAUAUGAUUAUUCAAGAGAACAUAAAUCUGGUCAAUCAAGUGUACAAAAUUUUGAUACAAUAUUACCAGCAGCAGCAACUGAUAUUUAUUAUCGUGAUGAUAUUGGUAAUAUAUCAACAUCACAUACAAGAAUUAAAAAAGAUUCAGUUGAUGUUAAUUUACGUCCAAGAUUUCCAUUAUUUGGUGGAUGGAAAACACAUUAUAUCAUUGGAUAUAAUGUACCAAGUUAUGAAUAUUUAUUUUAUAAUAAUUAUAAUAGCGAGUAUUUAUUAAAUAUGAGAUUAAUUGAUCAUAUAUUUGAUGAUAUGAUUAUUGAUGAAUUAAUUGUUAAAAUAAUAUUACCAGAAGGAACACGUAAUUUUGAAUUAUCAACACCAUAUGAAGUUGAAAGACAAAAAAAUUAUCUUCAUUAUUCAUAUUUAGAUACAACUGGACGUCCAGUAAUAUCAUUUACUAAAAAUAAUCUUGUUGAAAAUCAUAUACAAAAUUUUAAACUUAAAUAUAAUUUUCCACGUUUACUUAUGCUACAAGAACCAUUAUUAGUUGCAAUUGCAUUGUAUUUAUUAUUUUUACUUGUUAUAAUAUAUGUUAGACUUGAUUUUACAAUUGACAAAGAUGAAGCAUUUGAAUGUAAAUUAAAAAUUGCUAGUCAAUGUGAAAAAAUAUUAGCAAUACAAGAUAAACGUGUUAUGUCAUAUAAUCAACUUGAUGAACAAUUAAAUUAUUUAAAACAAAAUAAAGAUACAAAUGUAUUUUUAUCAAUUAUUAAAAAUAUUAAUAAUGAUUAUAAAAAUUCAACAAAUAUACUUAAUGAAUUUUCACAAAAAAUUAAAAAUGAAUCAAAUGAUAUUUAUGAUAAAUUAAUGGAAUUACAAAAAUAUGAUAAAUUACUUAAAGAAUAUUAUAAUCAACAACAAGUACUUUAUAUUGAUAAACUUGUACCUGGUAAAAUAAAUAGAACACAAUUUGUUGAUGCUGAAAAUUCAAUAACUAAAAAAAAAGAAGAAUGUGUUGAAAAAAUUAAUUCCAUUGUCAAAUCAUUGCAAUAAAUAAUCACUUAAUUAUUAUAAUAAUA